AUGCAACUGGCCACAGCCAAUGCGUCUCUCUUCAAGGAGAAGGUGCUUGAUCUCAUCGUGACAUGCGAGAGUUUUGAGAUCAGUGACAUGGUGCAGAAGGAGGUGCUGAAAGAGGAGAUCACCCGGAGAAACUCUUAUGUGGAUGAGCUCAAGGACAAGCUAAAUGCCAUUGAAAUUGAGAACAGAAGGCUGAAGGUUGAUCUGAACGGCGACUUCACACUGCUCGGAGCAUUGCAAACGGAAGUUGAUGCCCUAGAGAAACAAACGUUGUCUCUGGCCAAGGAUUGCCUGCCUCCAAGCAUGCUCAAGAAGGAGGCCAAACGAAGAUCAAAACACCACAAAGAUGGUGAAGGACAUGGAACUGCAGAAACUCCAUGGAACCAUCAAAGCACUUCAGAAGGUGGUGUCAGAUACAGGGUGGUCCUGGAGCAAGAGAGGCUCGACUUCAACAGCAACCUCCAGGACGCAAGGAAGCAGAUCGAGAUGCUGAAGCUGAAGGAGAUCCUGGACAGCGAUGCCAGCGACGUGAACUACGAGCGGAUGAUGAAGGACAUCCAGCUGGACCUCGUCCAGACUCCUAGCCGGCGAGCUGCAGUCUCACACGGGCGCCACAGGAAGAAGAACUCAGUGGCCGCGGCGGCUCAGUCUGACGACAAGAUGCUCGCGAUGUGGAGCGUGGAUAGGGUGAGCAGUGGCAGCCGGCGGUACGAUGUGGACCUGCGGCCGCCGCAGAGCGAGGCGGCCGAGAACGACAAGGGAAAGAAGCGGUCGUCGUCCGAGCCGGUGGUGACCGUGAAGGACCUCAGCGUGGACAAGCAGGAGGUCCUCUCACGGCCGAUGGUGGCGGCAGCGGCAGCGACGGCCACGACGACGGAGCCACACCGGGAGUGGAAGAAGAAGGUGAUCGACCGGCUAUCCUCGGAGGCGCAGCGGCUCCGGGACCUCCGGUCCAUCGUCCAGGAGCUGCGCGCCGGCGUGGAGGCGUCGUCGGACGCGGAGCUGGACGGCGUGAAGGCGCAGAUGGCCGACGCGGAGGACGCCAUCGCGGAGCUGAUCGACGCGAACACGAAGCUGCUGAAGAAGGCGGAGGAGUUCACGUCGGCGGGCGACGGCGGCGCGGCGACGUGGACCUGCGCAGCCGGAGCCAGCGCAAGAUCCUGGAGCACAAAAUCAAAUAUGUUUGGCAAUCUUGAUUAUUAUGGCAACCUGAGGUGUAAAAUGACCUUUGUGCCCUUCUUCUUUUUCUUCAUCAUCGGGUGGCGCCACCCGUAUCAAGCUUGUUCUUCGCGGAUCUAUGGCACCCGUCUCGGGGAUCUCCUCACCUCUCCUCCAACACAUAGGGCAUACUUUGAGGGCCGACACAUCCACGAGGGCUUCUCCGACCGAGCCUCGAAGCGCAGCACGGGGAGCGCUUGA